AUGGCCGCCCCAACAACCCCCCAAGACCUCGUCCUCCCCGAACCUGCCCCCUCAAGCGGCGGCGCAUCCCAGACAUUCAAAGAUCUGUUUUCCGGCGCAGCAGGUGGAAUCGCUCAGGUCCUGAUCGGCCAACCCUUCGACAUAGUCAAAGUCCGCCUCCAAACCUCCACCCUCUACCCCUCCGCCCUCGCCGCCGCAACCUCAAUCUACACGACCGAAGGCCCCCUAGCCUUCUACAAAGGAACCCUCACCCCCCUCCUCGGCAUCGGCGCCUGCUACUAUUCCGCCGGCGCCUUCGCCGGAGUGGCAAACUCGGUCCUCUCCGGUCCCAUCGAACACGUCCGCAUCCGCCUGCAAACCCAACCCCACGGCCCGGCACGUCUCUACUCCGGCCCGCUCGACUGCGUCAGACAGCUCGUCCGCCAGGGGGGGUUUACCCACGGCCUCUACCGCGGACAGGCGGUCACUUUGAUCAGAGAAGCGCAGGCGUACGGGCUGUGGUUCUUGUCGUUUGAGUGGCUCAUGAAUUCGGACGCGAAGCGCAACAGCGUCGACCGUAAGGAAAUCCCGAGCUGGAAGGUGGCGCUGUAUGGUGGGCUUGCCGGGGAGGCGCUGUGGUUGGGGAGUUACCCGUUUGAUGUCGUCAAGUCAAAGAUGCAGACCGACGGGUUUGGACAGGGGCAGCAGAGGUAUAGGAAUAUGAGGCAUUGUUUCGCGCAGGUUUGGAGGCAGGAGGGGAUGAGGGGGUUUUGGAAGGGCUUGGGGCCGACGCUGCUGAGGGCCAUGCCUGUCAGUGCGGGGACGUUUGCCGUGGUGGAGAUGACGAUGAGGGCUAUUAACUAG